AUGGAGAAGUACAGUGAGUGGAUGGACAAGGGCACCGGGAUCAAACCGUUUAUUCCCGUUUCAGCGACGAACAGAAGCAAUGUCGCGCUUGGCAUAUGGAUCUUGAAGGCCGUCCUCCUCCUGCCUCUAGUACUCAUCUGGGCAGUCCUGCGCGCCGUGGGACUGGGCACGCCGCUGGGCCGCUGGCUGCUACAGUUACUAGUGGGCUUCGAGUACCAGGUGUCGGUGGAUGGCGUAAAGAAGCGUGACCUGUCCACCAGACAUCUGCCACAACGUGGCCGAGUGUACCUGGCGAACUUCGCAUCCCCACUGGAUGGCCUUGCGGCCGCUGUAGUCUCUGCGGUGCCCGUGUUGCUGCUGGUGCCGCGCGGCGACACGCUGUACCAAUUCAGCCCCUGGCAGCUGGGUUGGUUCGCAUUGAGCGGCGCGCUGGACAUCCCCGCCGGCCAGCCGAAGCUCGACGCGGCGGCGGCGGCCAGCUCGGGCUGCGCCCUGUUUGUGUUUGCGGAGGGCACCACCUCGGCCGGGCGCGGCAUCCUGCCCUUCGAGCUGGGGGACCCCGUGCUGGCACAGCUCUCGCACGACGCGGACGGCAUCUACACGGCGAGCUUCCGCCUGUCGCAGUCUGACCUGGCAACGCCAGUUCCCACAGGACUAUGGGCAUAUCUUGGGCGUCUCGCUACUCGCGGCGUGCAGUACCACUGCCGCAUCCAGGGCCCGUUCUCGAAAGGCACUACUAGCGAGCUGCGCCAAGCGCUCGCGAAGGGCGAGGGAUUCAUGUUGCUGGGCAAGAAUCUCGAUCUGAAGGCGAAGCGCGGCUUCCUACAAACGUGGCAGCCAUCUACAGGGCGUUAA